AUGGCCUGCACCGCAGACGAGGACGCCGUUGGCUACUUGAAUGACAUCGACGAGAGGUUCCGCAAUGUUGAUGUGACAGAUGACUAUUACAGCGAGAUGUUGGAGGUCAUCAAGAAGGCGCGGACCAGGUCACAGUUCACGCGCGGGGAUUGGCUGAUGAAGGCCAUGUUGGGACCAAUCUCUGCGAAGUUCGAUGCCUGGGAUGAGACUGGGAAAAAGCAGGCCCAUCGCAAGUUCUGCGACGACAGCGAUUGCAGCGAUUCAGAGCACGACGUGGGCUGCCAUGAGUGCGUGAUUAGCUGA